AUGCCCAAAGUCGUGUUUGGUGUCGCCAAAGAACUGCAGGAACUGCGUGAUAAUCAAAAACGCUGUGCCGAUCAGGUCGCAACUCCUCGCCCACCGCUUAAAACAGACGACAACGUCAGAAUGCAGACAGGUCAUCGCGAAUGGAAACCAGCCAAAGUCGUCGAGAUGACAGAAAGUCCACGCUCAGUCAUAGUGGAAACACCCGAAGGCAGAAAAUAUCGCAGAAACAGCAAAUAUCUCCAUACAACAAAAGCGAAUAUACCUUCGGAAAACUCACCAACGCUGGAAUGUGAAUCCAAUAACGCUCACGUACCUGUAUCCAAUGAGUACCAGGAAAUUGCACCUAGUGAACAACUGAAGAUUGACGCUGGGGAUGAUGUGUUGAAGAAGCAUUUUUCAGUUGGAAGUGAAAGGACUAAAUACACAUCGAACAUAGAAAUAUGUGGAAGUGUUGUAAGGGAGAAACUUGUAACGCGCAUUAAAAGCGCAUUUGCAUAUAGCAUAUUAGCUGAUGAAAGUUGCGAUUUAUCCGGAAAGGAGCAGUUAGCUGUAGGCAUUCGAUUUUCGGAUGAAGACGCUAUAGUUCAUGAGGAAUUCCUUGGAUUCACAGAGCUAGAAGCUAUGGAUGCUAAAACCAUUGCGAAUGCAAUUUACACGUUUGUGAAGCACCAAGGAUUGAAUCCCAUGAAUUGUGUUAGUGAAGGGUAUGAAGGGCGCUCAACGAUGCCGGGAAAAGAUGCAGGUGUUCAGAAGCUCCUCAGACAAAAAUAUCCUAAAGCUUUAUAUUUUCAUUGUGCCAGCCACAGGCUAAAUCUAGUGGUCAACGAUUUGAGUAAUGUCUCGGUUAUUAGAAACACAGUUGCCACUAUCAAAUACAUUAUCGUUUUUUUCGCGAAUCUGCCACACGCCGAAGAUAUGCUCCAAAUGUUCCCCUACUUUGUGAAACGCGGUGGUCACAAAAAAAUUUGGUGGAUAUACUAG